AUGCUGGAAAUGCUUUCCAAACUUAAUAUUGCUUCUAAGCGUAAUUUUUGUCUUACUAAACCAUGUUCUGUUGGAACUGUUAAAAAUUGGAUAGAUGGAAAGGCAGUAGAAUCAAAAACAAACAAAUGGGUAGAUUUAACAAAUCCAGCAACAAAUGAAGUUAUUGCUAAAGUUCCAUGCUCAACAAAUGAUGAGAUGCUUGAAGCUGUUGAAUCUUGUAAAAAAGGAUUUUCAGUUUGGAAAAAUUAUUCUAUUCUCUCUCGUCAACAAGUAUUUUUUAAUUAUCAGGCAAUUAUAAAAGAUAAUAUGGAAAUAUUAAAAAAAAAUAUUGUUGAAGAACAGGGAAAAACAUUACCUGAUGCUGAAGGUGAUGUAAAUAGAGGAUUACAGGUUGUUCAACAUGCAUGUUCUGCUGCUACCAUAUUAAUGGGUGAAACAAUGAAUAAUGUUUCAAGAGACAUGGAUACAAUUUCAUAUAGAGUUCCAUUAGGUGUUACUGCUGGUAUUUGUCCAUUUAAUUUUCCAGCUAUGGUUCCAUUAUGGAUGUUUCCAUUAUCUGCAGUUGCAGGAAAUUCAAUGCUUAUUAAACCAUCAGAACAAGAUCCUGGUGCAACAAUGAUGCUUGUUGAAAUGGCAAAAGAAGCUGGAAUACCUGAUGGUGUUCUUAAUGUAAUUCAUGGAACACAUGAUGCUGUAAAUUUUAUUUGUGAUAACAAAGAUAUUAAGUCAAUUUCUUUUGUUGGUGGAGAUGCUGCUGGAAAACAUAUAUAUGAACGUGGAUCAAAGAAUGGAAAACGUGUUCAAUCAAACAUGGGAGCUAAAAAUCAUGGUAUUAUUAUGCCUGAUGCUAAUAAAGAAACAACACUUAAUCAAUUAACUGCUGCUGCCUUUGGUGCUGCAGGACAACGUUGUAUGGCAUUAACAACUGCAAUUUUUGUUGGUGACUCAAAAAAAUGGUUACCAGAAUUAGUUGAAAAAGUAAAGAAACUUAAAGUUGGUCCUGGUUGGGAAAAUAAUACUGAUAUUGGUCCAUUAAUAUCAGUUGCUGCUAAAGAACGUGCUAUCAAUCUUAUCAAUUCUUCCAAAACUGAAGGAGCUGAUGUAAUUCUUGAUGGAACAAAAUGUGUCGUAAAUGGAUAUGAAAAAGGAAAUUUUGUUGGACCAACUAUUAUUUCUGGUGUUAAACCACACAUGACUUGUUACAAAAAUGAAAUUUUUGGACCUGCAUUAUGUGUAAUGUUUGCUGAUUCUCUUGAUGAAGCUGUUGAUAUUAUUAAUAAAAAUCCAUAUGGUAAUGGAACUGCUAUUUUCACAACAAAUGGAAUUAGUGCUCGUCGUUUUACAAAUAUUGUUGAUGCUGGACAAAUUGGUAUUAAUGUCCCAAUUCCUGUACCACUUCCUCAAUUUUCAUUUACAGGAUCAAGAGGAUCUUUCCUUGGAAGCGAAAAUUUCUACGGAAAAGCUGGACUUAAAUUCUUUACACAAUGGAAAACUAUUACACAAUUUUGGCGUUCAGAAGAUGCAACACCAGAAGCUAAACCUCAACUUUCAUUUCCACAACUUAAAUAA